GUCCCUCCGCCUCAGCCUUCCUCCUGCUGUCAACACGGCCGUUUCUCCGGGAGGUGGCCCGACCCGCGUGGCCGGGCGGUUAGGCGGCCAACGGUUUUCUAACGCGAGGGGGGAGCGCGGGAGGAGAGGCGGGAACGAGUCGUACCCGAGGGAGCCGACGCAGGGCGGGGCCAGCGCCGGGAAGGAUCGCGAAGGAGUUGGGAGGCCCCGCCCUUUCCGUAGAUAUCUCUAGAAAACCGCGCAGGAGCCCGAAAACAAAGAGUGCGCACGCGCGGCGGCAGGGCCCGGGCAUUUUGCUGCGUCACCAGCCGCCGCCCGGCCUCACCACCCCUCGCUCGCACGCACGCACGUUCAUUCUCCGUCCUCGCGCCCCUUUUCCUACACUUUCCUCUUCUCCCCGACCCGAGGAGCCGCUCUCUCCGCGCAGUGCAUUCUGGGGACCCAGGUCGAGCCCGCCGUCGCCUGAGGGUAGCCAGAAGAGGCCGCGACCGGGAAGAAAACGCCGAGUCGCCACCGGAGAAGAGUCGACUGCCCAGCAGCUGCCGCCGGAGAGGCCCGCCCACCCGUUCGCCCGUCCCCCUGCCCCGUUCACGAUGCAGCCUGCUUCUGCAAAGUGGUACGAUCGAAGGGACUACGUCUUCAUUGAAUUUUGUGUCGAAGACAGUAAAGAUGUUAAUGUAAAUUUUGAAAAAUCCAAACUUACGUUCAGUUGUCUUGGAGGAAGUGAUAAUUUUAAACAUUUAAAUGAAAUUGAUCUUUUUCACUGUAUUGAUCCAAAUGAUUCCAAGCAUAAAAGAACGGACAGAUCAAUUUUAUGUUGUUUACGAAAAGGCGAAUCUGGCCAGUCAUGGCCAAGGUUAACAAAAGAAAGGGCAAAGCUUAAUUGGCUUAGUGUGGACUUCAAUAAUUGGAAAGACUGGGAAGAUGAUUCAGAUGAAGACAUGUCUAAUUUUGAUCGUUUCUCUGAGAUGAUGAACAACAUGGGUGGUGAUGAGGAUGUAGAUUUACCAGAAGUAGAUGGAGCAGAUGAUGAUUCACAAGACAGUGAUGAUGAAAAAAUGCCAGAUCUGGAGUAAAGAAUGUUGUCCACCGGAUUUUGAGAAAGAAAAGUAACUUCUCUGCAAGAUUUCAUAAUUGAGAGAAUUCCUGAGUUGAUAGCUCUAAAGGCAGAUGCUGUAUUUGCCUCCUUUAACCCAUUUUUCAACCUGUUUGUUUUUUUAAAGGCUUCACUAAGGGUUGAUAUGUACCAUUGUAUGGGGCGAUUUUAAGUCAGCUAAGGCAAUAACCUUAUGCAUGAACUUUUCCCAGACUUCCAUGAUGCUGUUGAGGUCCUAGGCAAUUGAUACAGCAGUUGUGAUAAAUAAAAACAUUUCACCUCAGUCUCCUUUACUUCAUAACAUAGAUACUGACAUGAUAGGAAGCUCUUGGCUUAGAAGAAAGAUAACUAAAUUUUAGAUUUUAGAAAAUGGACUCAAAAGUGGCUGAUGAAACAGAUUGGUUGAUACCUUAAACUUGGUAACUUGUUCCUCUGGUAUAUCCUCCAGGAUUAUUCCACUAAAGUUUUUAUUUUUCAAAAAAUUUACUUCACAUUAUUGUAAGUGAUCACUUGUCAGUGUUCGAGAUGUAUCUUAGCUAACUCUAGUGAAUGCCCUAACUUAGGUGGUUUUUGAAGCCUGUACAUUUGGUAUUGUUUGACCCUUAAACUUUUACAUCUCUUAGCAUGGAGGACGAAGAAAGGCUGUAAAUUGUUGCUUGAGAGUCUGUACAUUUAGACCAAAUUGUAUUUGCACUGUCAGUAUGGCAAAUGAGUGGAAAAAAAAAUGUUAAUACACUAUUGGAUUUUUUAUUUCUUUCUUUGAUUCAGCUUGUCCCAGGCUGAAAACCUCAAUUUAUGUUCAUGACAGUGGGGAUUUUUUUUUUAAUGUCUACAUUCUUUCUAAUAAACUGUUGGAAGACUUU